AUGGACGCGACCCCAGCAGAUCUUUUUGAGUCCUACCACCAGGAUUUUGACCACCUUAUCCAGUCCGUACGAGGGAAACUCGAGGUUGAAGUCAAGGAGCAGCAAGGGGAGCAACGUAAAGCAACACUUCGCAAGGUCGAGAUAGACUUGGAUGAAGCAGAUGAUAUAAUAUCUCAACUUGAAGUUGAAAUUCAAGGCAUCCCCCUUUCAAUACGAUCUCAAUAUAGCGCCCGGCUUAAGCAGGCCAAGAGUGACUUGAACCGGUACAAAAAGCUUUCCAAGGACUUGCAUUCACAGGCAUCUCGCACAGACUUGCUAGGCAACAACCGUUUCAAGACUACCGCCACCUCGGACGAUCCAUAUGGUGAGGGUAACGACCGGACCAGGCUUCUGGCUGGCUCAGAAGCACUGAACGAUGGCAGCCGAAGAAUCAUGGAUUCUACUCGGAUUGCCCUGGAGACGGAGACGCAAGGCGCAGAUACUUUGAGGAAUCUGCGAGUCCAGAGGGAACAGAUUGAGAAUGCGCGGGAAACGCUUCAAACCGCAGAUAUAUCUAUUGAUCGUUCGUCUGGUACAAUCAAAGGAAUGAUACGACAAAUGUAUAAGCAACGAGUUGUCCUUGGCGUUCUUAUCGCAGUCCUUGUCAUUGUUGUCCUGGUCAUCCUUUACUUCAAACUAAUACGUUGA